UUCACGUCUUAAGACAUCUCACAGACAGACAGCCUGCUGGGGACACUUUCCGCUUAUUUGAACUGAGCUAUAUCGUUUGCAUAGCAGCCUUGGGUCCUGUGCAUUACAGUUUACUCUUAUUACAACCAUCUGCUUUGUGUAAAUGAAGUGCUUUUCUGUAAAAUCAAGCUGAGCGCUGCGGUGAUCACCUAACUCCAAGACGACAGGCUGCCUGUGGACUGCAGUAAUUUCAGUAACCAUCAUGGGAAGGUAAAGACGACCUGCCUACUAUCUGUUGUGUGGAGGACAGAAGGAUAGUAACACCUUGAAGCAUAUCCCCCUCUCUCAGCAGUCCAGCAAGCUUCCGGGACCAUGGCUGAAGAGGACUAUGGCAGCUUUGUGGACUGGACCCAGAUGGGCGACUUGGCCAAAAGCAGCGGGCCCACAAAGGUAGACACUAAAGACCCGAAAGAGUUCAAACAGAUGGCGCGCCAAGGUUUCUGGGACAAGAAUCACAAGCUACGAGCACAGGUCUUCCAGCAGCUCAUUAAGACCAUCCCCUGCCGUACUGUCACCCCAGAUGCAGAGGUAUAUCGUGACAUUAUAGGAGAUGCAGCCGCAAAGAAGCCCUCUUCUCACAUCCCGCUGCCGGAGUUUGUGGACGGGAGUCCCGUGCCACGAUACUGCCUGAAGGCGGAGGCCGUGGCUUCAGCCCACCGGAUUAUCAACUGCUUGGCUGGACAGUUUCCAGAUAUCUCCCACUGCCCAGCCCUUCCGGCUGUAACAUCGCUGCUCCUUCACUUUAGCAUGGAUGAAGCUCAGUGUUUUGAGCACGUCAGCCGCAUGCUGGCCUGCAAUGAGCCAGGCAAGAGACUGCUGGAUCAAACUUUCCUGGCCUUCGAGUCCAGCUGCAUGACAUUUGGUGACCUGGCCAACAAAUAUUGCACCGCAGCCCACAAACUGAUUGUCGCCACAGCUCAGGAUGUGCUGGAGGUCUAUGCCGACUGGCAGCGCUGGGUGUUUGGUGACCUCCCCUUUAGCCAUGUGGUCAGGGUCCUAGAUGUUUACCUAGUAGAAGGCUACAAGGUCCUCUACCGUGUGGCUAUAGCGUUACUCAAGUUCUAUCGCAAGCAUAAAGCAGGAAGUCAGGGGAACCUGCAGCAACAAGAUUCAGGCAAAAUAAGGGCAGAUAUCCAGGCUUUUGUCAAGAACAUUGCAUCCACCGUCACACCUGACAAGCUGCUUGAGAAGUCCUUCUCCAUCCGUUUGUUCAGCCGUAAGGAGAUCACUUUGCUGCAGCUCACAAAUGAGAAAUCCCUGCAGCAGAAAGGCAUCACUGUCAAACAGAAGCGGCGGAACGUGCAACUGGCACUCGACCCCGACACGUUCUCCUCAGAGAUUGUUAGUGCCAAGGAGAUGCAUGACAUCUGGUCAUGGAUUCCUGAGCGCUUUGCCUUGUGUCAACCACAGCUCGUGUUUACCACCUCCACUCAUGGUUGCAGCCUGAACAGAUUUUACUCGCAUUGUGAAGGCUACGAACCGACUCUGCUCCUCAUCCGGACCACGGAUGGUGACGUAUGUGGAGCGUUCCUGUCCUCAGACUGGGAGGAACGAAAACGAGGAGGCAACAAGUUGAGCUUCUUUGGUACGGGGGAGUGUUUUGUCUUCAGGCUGAAGCCAGAGAUAGAGCGCUAUGAGUGGGUGGUGAUCCGCCACCCUGAGCUGGCUUCCUCCAUCAAGACCGAGGCUCAGGAGGACAACGGGGCAUCCUGCGAUGGACAAAAGGCAGAAAACAGUUUACAGCAGCCGGAGAAACCUGCUGGAGAGCUGUCCCCUUUUCUCUCUGCUCGCCAUUUCAAUCUUAACUCCAAGAAUACUUCCAUGUUCAUGGCAGGAAACUUUGACUCCAUCAUAGUGGGGGGAGGUGACGGCAAUGCUCUGUACAUCGACUCUGAGCUGAACCACGGGCGCACUGGCAGGUGCACCACCUUCGACAACCCGCCGCUGUGUGCAGAGAGCUUCCAGGUUGGGCUGUUGGAAGUGUGGGGCUUCCAGGAUGCCAUGGCCUCAUAAUGCUGUCCACUAAAGCAAUGCACACAUGAGUCUGGACUUGUGAAGCCUCCAGCACUGGAACAUUCAAACAUAUUCCAGCAUUAAGUAACACAUGGUCCAUGAAGUCUAAAAAAAUUUCAGAAGCACUUAAACAGAACAAUAUCCGUCCAUCAAAUUCAUUUUCCAUUUACUAUUUUUAUUUAUUAAUGUAGUAGAUCUAAAUUUCAUAUGACAAGAAUUUUUCUCCUUGUUUAUUUUUGUAUUUACAGAUAUUAUGGCUUACUAACUCUGUUUACUGUGGUAAUGGCGAUGUUCAGGAUUUACAGUGUUCAUAUUCCUUCUGUGGUUUAUCUCAGUCUGCCAAAUUUAUUCUAAAGCUGGCUAUGCAGUCCUACAGAAAUAUGAUCAGAUCACUUCGAUAGAUGGAAGUUUCCAACAUUGGUCAAGUGAAGUCUCCGUGUGAUGUUGAACGUUGAACGUGAGUUAAUGUUGUCAAGGUGUACCAGGUCGGCCAGAUGUUUGUGGUUGUGUCACCUUUUUCUCCACUAUUGGAUGUGCUACGCUUCCAGUUAAGUUGGAGAUCUGAUAUUUCAAAAAAAUGGAGUAAAUGUUGAUGAAAUAUCUGUAGUGAAUUUUGCCAUUUUGCACCUUGUGUUAAAAGUCUGUGGCACUUUUUUUGUAUGGUAUAUGUAUAUUAAUACAAACAUUCUGAAGUCAAAGCUAAAUCUGUCUUUGCUUUAAGCAAAACAGAGAAAUGCAGUCCAUUAAGCUUUAUUUUUUUGUUUUUCUCUUUCUUCUUAUGUCUCCAAUUUUCCUGCCGCUACCGUCCGCUCGGUGUAAAGAGAAUAAUUCCUGUUAGCAGAGUGUUGUUGGGAUUGCACACGUCACUUGUAUCUGUAUGUACGUGCUCCAGUGAACUGAAUAACUGCAAAUGUAACGAAGAUAUAUGUGAAAUUACAGCAUUAGCUUUCAGCAGGGUGA